UAAUCAGCUGAAUACUGAUUAUACUCCAUUAUAGAAUGGGGUGGGUGGAGGGAGAGAGAGAGGAGCCAGCUGCACUAGUUGUUUCUGUUUUCUUCCAGAAAGAGAGGGAGAGAGAACUUUUUCAGUAGUUGCGACAAUCCUGCCACGAAUCUGAGAGAGGGAGAGAAAAGGAGGGAGACUGUUGAGAAGAAAGGAAAGGUAGAGAAAGAUUGAUUGAGAGUGAGGGAGAGCUGUUAGUCUAAAACCCAUUGGCUUAAGUGGAGUGCUGAGGCUGUGUCUCAGUGUUGUUCAGUGGAGCGUUCAGUGGACUGUGCCAGUCUGUCUGUGUCUUGUGUGUGUAGCUGUAGUUUGACUGGACUCUGCACUGACCAGUGGAUAGUGAAGAGAGGGAGUAGGGAGAGGAGGGGCAGUGUGCUGUCCGGCGGAACCAAGCCUAUCUGCCGCCGCCAGCUUUUGCAAGCAUGCUGGAAAAUACAGGUUCAACAGAAGUGGGAGUCCAAACGAAUGGACUGGACUUUCAGAGGCAGACGGUGCAGGCCACAAACGCAAUCACCAAUGCACAUGCACAGGCUCUGCUCCAACAGUCCAAGUCUGAAGACUCGGGUGCAAUUCCAACCUCCGUCCAGCAGGGGGUGCUGCCUCAGGCCCAGCUCAUGCUGGCUGGGGGACAGAUAGCUGGAUUGACCCUGUCUCCAGCGCAGCAGCAGAUGUUUUUGCAGCAGGCCCAGGCCCAGCUCUUGGCAGCAGCCAUGCAGCAGCAAUCAGCCAGCCAGCAGAGCAGCACCACGGGGGCCAGCAUCUCUGCCUCCGCAGCCACCCCCAUCACACAGCUGCCCCUGUCCCAGCCCGUCCAGAUCACCUCUAUUCCCUCUGUCUCUACUCAUCUCCCAGGCCAGCUAAGCCAGCUGGGAUACCCGUAUGAGAUGGCGACCUUCAGCAGUUACCUACCUCAGUUACAGCAGCUGCAGCAGCAGAAUCUAACCAUGCCCCAGUUUGUCCUGGUUCAACCUGGCCACCACAUCGCCACCCAGCUGCAGCCUGGUCAGUUCAUCAUCUCACAGACACCGCAGGGCCAGCAGAGUAUGUACACAACGCAGAGUUUCCUGCAAGCCCAUAAUCUUCUAACUCAACUACCUCAAAGCCAAGCCAACCUCCUGCAGACUCAGCCAAGCAUCAACCUUGCCUCACAGCCAGCGACUCCAUCCCACACGAUAGCAGCCACGCCCAUCCAGCCCCUGUCCCACAGUCAGACCCCGCCCAAACGCCUGGACACACCCAGUCUGGAGGAGCCCAGCGACCUGGAGGAGCUGGAACAGUUCGCUAAGACCUUCAAACAGAGACGCAUCAAACUGGGCUUCACACAGGGGGAUGUUGGCCUGGCCAUGGGCAAGCUGUAUGGUAACGACUUCAGCCAGACCACCAUUUCCCGCUUCGAGGCCUUGAACCUCAGCUUUAAGAACAUGUGCAAGCUGAAGCCACUUCUGGAGAAGUGGCUCAACGAUGCAGUUUGUGCAGAGAAUCUGUCGUCUGACCUGGCCCUGUCCAGCCCUUGCGGCCUGGGGUCCCCCGGUCUGGGCAUGGAGGGGCUCAACCGCCGACGCAAGAAGAGGACCAGCAUCGAGACCAACAUCCGCGUGGCCUUAGAAAAGAGCUUUCUGGAGCAGAACCAAAAACCUACCUCUGAGGAGAUCACCAUAAUUGCUGACCAGCUCAACAUGGAGAAGGAGGUGAUCCGGGUGUGGUUCUGUAACCGUCGGCAGAAAGAGAAGCGGAUCAACCCCCCCAGCAGCGGACACAGCAUCACAGGGACAGGCAGCACCCCCAUCAAAACCAUCUUCACCCCCAAUAGCCCCUUGGUGGCCAGUACGGCGAGCCUUGUGACCAGUAACACACCAACCACACUCACUUUAAACCCAGUGAUGCCUCUCACCAGCACCAGCGUCUCCGGCCUGACCUUGACAGGCACGACGAUCGGAGCGACCACAAACACGGCAUCUGUCAUCUCUACGGCACCCAUGGUUACCGCUGUGACCAGCUCCACCUCGCUAAGCCCCUCCCCCACGGCCCUCCAGGCCACGGCAGCGGAGACGGAUGGAACCCAGGAGCACACGGUGGUCAUGCAGGCGCCAUCGUCACUAGCAACCAAUCUGGGGACAGGUCAGGUGAUGGUGGCUGGACCGGGGCUGUCAGCGGCCCUGCAAGGAGCUGCCCAGUUACCCACCAGUUCUAGUUACGCCUCCAUGGCUGGCCUUAACCCAGGACUGAUGGCAUCCUCACAGUUCACUCCUGGGGGGGCCAUGCUGAGCUUAGCUCCGGGUGGGCUUGGAGGGGCUAUAAACCCCGCCAUGUUGAGCAACAGCACCCUGGCCACCAUCCAAGGUCUAUGGAGCGCUCUGGCAUCGGGUGGCACUCUCCCCAUCACCUCGCUGGACGGGAGUGGUAACCUGCUGUUCGCUAACACCUCGGCCGGCAGCACCCCCAACCUGGUGCAGCCCCUCUUCCUGAACCCCCAGAACCUGUCCCUGCUCACCAGCAACCCCGUCAGCCUGGUGUCGGCCGGAGCCGCCGGGGGAGGGGCCCUGCAGGUCACAGCCAACCACCAGGUCACCACGGCGACCGUCCCAGUGCCCGUCUCCACCAUCACCACUGCCUCCAAGGCCCAGUGAAGCUGAAGGCUCAAAUUGCCUCGAAUGACACCCUAUGCUCUAUUUAGUGCACUACUUUUGGUUAAAUGUUGCGUACGAUAUGGAUGGCUUUGGCCAUAGUAAGACACUACAUGGGGAAUAGGGCUGUUGUUUAAGAUUUGCCCUUAGGCUAUUUGCUCAAUCCACUUCUUCAUCCUCUUCCUCCUUGUCCUUCUGCCUGUCAUCUAUCAUUAUUUAAUCCUUUUGCUGCCACCAAAAAGAAACCCUCUGUGAAGAGGGUUGGAAUUUAUAUUUUACGUUUUUAUUUCAUUAUUCAUUCUCUCUUUUCCCUUGUACUCCAAAAACGAUGUGCGACUCCCUGGAUGUUUUUGUCGGUGUACGCAGCGGGUCACACAGGAGGACUGGGGCGGCCAUUUUCUGAGGCAGGAUCAUCUUGAACUCUAUGGUCUGUGCUCCUUGUGACCCCUGAGGGACCACCUAGCUUUCCCUCUUUCCUCUCUGUCACCUUUUUCAAAAGUAUAUAUCUUCCUCUUCCCUGUUCAGAACAUCUUCUGAAAUACUUCUAACCAAAAAUUUGAUUUAACUUUUUUGACGUUUUUUUCUUCUAACAAAAAUGAUUUACUACUAAAGUUCACAAUCUACAUCAUCACUAAAAGAGGGGUUUGCGUGUUUCCCCGUCUAUAGUUUGAAUUUAUUUUGUGUCGGGCUCUGUUGGACAGGCCUCAGCACAAAUCAUAUCAAAGUUAUAUUUUAGAGGCGCUUAGUUUGUUUUCUCUUAUUUUAGUGUGUGUGAGUGGACAUUUUCAGAACUUUGUACGUCUAACAUUAAUUUAAGCUUUAACUCUGAUAUACAGUACCAGUCAAAAGUUUGGACACACCUUCUCAUUCAACAGUUUUUCUUUAUUAUUACUAUUUUCUACAUUGUAGUAA